UGGCUGACCGCCUUCCCCAAGAACCAGCCCAUGCGCCUCUACUUCAGCCUCCGGAACGCCGACGACUGGGCCACGCAGGGCGGCCGUGUCAAGACGGAUUGGUCCCACACCCCGUUCUCCGCCUCCUACCGCGGCUUCAAGGCCGACACGUGCGUGGUGACCGCGGGCGGCCGGCCGCGCUGCGGUGCCAGCGUCGACACGGAGGUCGUCCCCGGCACCGGCGCGGCGAGCGAGUGGUACAACCAGGAGCUGGACCUGACGCGGCAGCAACGGAUGCGGUGGGUGCAGAGCAACUACAUGAUCUACAACUACUGCAUGGACCCCAAGCACGUCGCCAAGGGCGUCCCCGCCGAGUGCUCCAUGUAA